GUUAGCAAACCCGUAUAUUUGCAGAACCUGUUGUUACUCCUCCUCUACCCUUCGCUCUUCAUUUUCUUUCAAUUUCGGCUUUUCACUUUUCAGAAUCCCCAGAAUCGUUACACUUACCACCAACACAUAUUCCUACCCAGCUAUGCCAAGCAAGGAGGAUUCACCAUUAAGAGAAGCAAAUCUUCCACUGCUGGAACAUCACUCUCUGACAGAUGAAAGAGAUCAACAAGACCAAAAACUGUUACCAAGGUUUUCGAUCGAGUCGAAGAAGCUUUGGCACAUAGUAGGCCCUUCAAUUUUUAGCCGUGUUGCAUCCUAUUCCAUGUUAGUCAUCACCCAAGCCUUCGCUGGCCGUCUAGGUGACCUCGAACUCGCCGCCAUCUCCAUUGCCAAUAAUGUCGUCGUUGGCUUCGACCUUGGUCUCUUGUUGGGCAUGGCAAGUGCCUUGGAAACGCUAUGUGGGCAAGCCUUUGGAGCGAAAAAGUACUACAUGUUAGGCGUUUACAUGCAGCGUUCGUGGAUCGUUCUUUUCAUUUGCUGUAUCUUGCUUUUGCCUCUGUACUUGUUUGCCUCACCUGUGUUGAAGCUGUUGGGGCAGCCCGAUGAUCUGGCGGAGUUAUCAGGUACGGUGUCGAUUUGGAUGAUACCGGUGCACUUCGCGUUUGCGUUUCAGUUUCCUCUGCAGAGGUUCUUGCAGUGCCAGCUGAAGACUGCGCCUAUUGCGUGGGUGUCUCUGGUGGCGCUCUUGGUGCAUGUGUUUGUGAGCUGGUUGUUCGUGUUCAAGUUCGAGUUCGGGGUUAUUGGCGCUGCUGCAACCAUUAACUUCUCGUGGUGGGUGUUCACGUUGGGGCUCUUUGGGUACAGUGUUUGGGGUGGGUGCCCUCAAACUUGGUCUGGUUUUUCAGUUGAAGCUUUCUCUGGGCUUUGGGAGUUUGUCAAACUCUCUGCUGCUUCUGGAGUCAUGCUCUGCUUGGAGAAUUGGUAUUACAAAAUUCUGAUCGUGAUGACCGGGAACCUUGAGAAUGCAGAGAUUGCUGUGGAUGCUUUAUCCAUAUGUAUGACCAUCAAUAGCUUGGAGAUGAUGAUUCCUCUGGCAUUCUUUGCUGCAACAGGAGUGAGAGUUGCAAACGAGCUUGGAGCAGGGAACGGAAAAGGAGCCAAGUUUGCUACUACAGUAUCUGUGGUGACAUCUGUUAUUAUAGGACUCUUCUUCUGGAUGUUGAUUUUGAUAUUGCAUGAUAAAAUCGGCUACAUCUUCUCUAAUAGCAAACCUGUUCUUGACCAAGUAAACAACCUUUCUCUUCUAUUAGCCUUCACAAUUCUGCUCAACAGUGUUCAGCCAGUUCUCUCAGGAGUGGCUGUAGGAUCAGGUUGGCAGUCAUAUGUUGCAUACAUAAACUUGGGUUGCUACUAUAUUAUUGGUGUGCCUCUUGGACUUUUGAUGGGGUGGGUCUUCAACCUAGGAGUUAUGGGAAUCUGGGCUGGGAUGAUUUUUGGUGGCACAGCUACUCAGACAUUAGUAUUGAGCAUCAUUACCAUUCGGUGCAACUGGGACAAGGAGGCUGAGAGUGCGAAAUUGCGUAUGACGAAGUGGGCAGAUCCAAAUCAUGAACUGAACUAAAGUAUCUGCAUAUGUAUUUAAUUUGUAAUAAGUCGACAAUUUAUUUCAGUUCCUAAAAUAUGAAUAUAGUAUCAAUUUACUCAAAA